UAAGUCCAUGGCUGUGGGUGCUGGGAUCUCUGCCUGUAGGUGCUGGUGUCUGUGGCCACGGGUGCUGGUCCAUGUCUGUGGGUGCCGAUACCUGGUGGCUCUGUGAGGCUGGAGCAGGGCAGGCCCUUGUGUCCCGGUGGGAUGACGGUGUGGAUGACGCCCUCUCCUGCUGUGGCUAAACCAACCCUGGUCCUGGCUCUCACCCUCGCCGCUCACGUGUCCCCCUCCACCCCAUGUCCCUGCUGCCGAGCUGAAACCCAAUCCCCCUGCAGAGCAGCAGCAGGGAUGUCAGGACAGGCCGCCAUGGCUGCGGAGCCGCUGGGACCCUGCCCUGGGUCACAGGAGGCAGCCACCUUCACGUCCUUUGCGCGGUCCUGCACCCUGCACGGGCUGGGGCGCAUCUUUGCGCCUGGGGCGCCGGCACCGAGACGCCUGCUCUGGGCCGGAGCCUUCCUGGCCUCGCUGGGCACCUUCCUGCUGCAGGCGGGGCAGCGGGUCCGGCACUACGCUGCAUACCCCCGCAUCACCGCGCUGGACGAGGCUCAGAGCCGCGUCCUUGUCUUCCCCGCCAUCACCCUCUGCAACUACAACCGCAUCCGGCGCUCCCAGCUCACCCUCAACGACCUGUUCUGGCUGGGGGGGGACCUGCUGGCGGUGGGGACCGAGGACUUCCCCCGCUACCUGCACGCACUGGGGCGGACCCCAAACCUCGACGGCUUCUUCCCCAGCAAGAGCUACGACCUGGGCGCCUUCUACCAGCGCGCCGGGCACCCCAUCCACGAGAUGCUGCUGCGCUGCCGCUUCCGCGGCUGGGACUGCGGCCCCGAGAACUUCACCACCGUGAGUGCUGCUGCCAUGGCCAUGGCCACACCACGGCUGGCUCUGCCCUGCGCAGGGCUUGGGGAGGACCCCAGAGCUGAGCAGGUUUUGGGGCCAUGGGAUGUGCAGACUGCAGUGUGGUCGGCUGUGGGGUUGAACAAGCUGUGGGGCAAUGGGUUGUGUGCGCUCUGUGGGGCCAUGGGGUGCACAGUCUUUGGGGCCAUGGGUUGUGGCUGUGGCAUGAUUGGCUGUGGGGCAGUGGUGGGAAGAGGGCACCGUGCCUGCCCACCCUACUGUCCCCUACCCCCAGGGGCUUGGAGAAGCUGCCCCAGUGUGGCUCCUCUUGCCCACAGUGCACCAACAGGGCCGUGGGGAGAUGUGGGGCCAUGGUGGUGAUGUGGAGUCGUUGGGGAUGUGGGGCUGAAGCUGCAGUGCAGGCUUGGGGGGUGAUGGUUGGAGCGUGCAGCUCUCAGACCUGCUCCCCAAUGGAGAGCAGUGGCUGUGGGGCAGGGGGGUGAGGAUGUCAUGUUGGCUGGUCUGUGCUCCCUGCCAAGCAUCCGCAGAGGCCAGUGGGGGCUUUCUCCAUGCUGGGGGGCUGCAGGAAGAGGUAGGUCAGCCCCAGGCAGGGGCUGCAGGUGCCUUCCCAGGGGUUGGGGUCCCACAUCCCACCUGAUGGGGCUGGAGAGGGUCUCUUCCUCUGCCAUGGGGACCACUGGGGUCCUGUGGGGCAGGAUGUCAGGCAGGACAUGGAGGAGAGGGGAAUCCUGAAGGGUGCUGGGCCUGGCAAAGCUGAUGACACCAUGCUGGAGCAGGGACAGCAGUGGCUGCCCUACAGCUCAAUCCACAGCCCCGUGCCCCUGUCCACAGCACCAUGCUGGUCCCAAACGGGAAGGGAUGGAUGCACCAGCUCCUUCCCUGCACAUGGACUGAGGGGAUGCUGGGGUUCUGCACUGGGAUUUGCUUUGGGACUGGGCUGGAUCCCUGGGUGCUGCACCCCACUCCAAUUCAGUGGGUGCAGGGCAGAGAGGGCCCAGCUCCUCUCCCCAGCAUCCCAAUGCCGCUAUCCCAUGGGCGGCGCCAUGGCGGAUGCUGAGUCUCCAGCCGUGUC